ACUUCUCUGGGGCAAAAAAAUAAAACUACGCCCAUCAUUUUACAUAUCUAAAGUGAUUCCAGUCGUCUAAAGUCUGGGCACAGUCAAAGAAACACAUUUUCAAGUUGGAAUCUUAUUUUCUUUUUCCCGUCGGCAAACACUUACCACCGUAAGGAAAUGUUGGGAACGUUUUCCAAGUUGAAGGCUGCCGUCAAGCUGAAGACGACGUCAGUCAAAAUCACCACACCAGUCUUCACAUUGCAUUAUCGACUAACGUUCCUCAUCUUGCUGACUUGCUCAAUAUUGGUCACGUCUCGGCAAUAUAUCGGCGAGCACAUUCAAUGUAUACAAGAUGCCGUAGCUGUGCCAGUUAAAAUCCUCAACAAUUAUUGCUUCAUAUCGUCUACGUUCUCCAUUCCUCGUACAACGCCAAUAGCAAAAGGAGAAGUUAGUCUCUUCGGAUUAGGUCCUUACACUGAAGAAGACGACGUCACAUAUCACGCAUAUUAUCAAUGGGUACCAUUCGUCUUGUUCGGCCAAGCACUGAUGUUUUACACGCCGUAUUAUCUAUGGAAAAUGUGGGAAGGGACCAAAGUUCGCAACAUUAUCCAGGGAAUGCAUAUUUUCACCAUAAAAGAAAAGGUAGAAGUCCUAGAUGAAAAGGAAGAGAUUUUAACCCAAUACAUCGUCAGGAAUCUUCACGAACACAAUGGAUGGGCCAUUCGCUUUUUUUGCUGUGAACUUAUGAAUUUGAUAAACGUCAUUGGCCAAAUUUUCCUGACCAACCGUUUUUUGGGUGGUGAAUUUCUACGUUACGGCAUUGAAGUUGUUCAAUUUUUGGACCAAGAUCCGGAAACUCGUGUUGAUCCUAUGGCAAGGGUUUUCCCCAGGCUCACGAAAUGCGUCUUUCACAAGUACGGAUCUUCCGGUACAAUUCAGAGACACGACGCCCUUUGCAUAUUGGCCUUGAAUAUUAUAAAUGAGAAAAUCUAUACCUUUCUCUGGUUUUGGUUCAUUAUAUUGGCCAUCAUCACCAGCAUCGAUUUCCUUGUUCGAGUUGUUAUCGUCAUGAUGCCUCCCGUGAGAAUGUUUCUUUUGCGGAGCCGCCUUUCAGCCCCUCAGAAGGACGAUGCUGACGUCAUAACACAACGCUGCUCUAUCGGUGAUUGGCUCCUCGUCGAUUUCUUGUCCAAGAACAUGGAUACGAUGGUCUUCUCGAACGUUGUCGGCAAAUUGGCCAAGGAACUCGAAUACGGCAGAGGACAUCCCGGGCAUAUAAGCGAAUCAACUCCAAUGAUGAGGGCUGAUUCAAAAGUCUUUUAAAUCCCCCCCUUUUUUUUUAUUCCAGCGAUUUCUUUUUCUAAUCAAGAUUGUGGGUACCGUGAGCUCUUUCGUCAUGGUCUCUCGUAUUAGAACUCAUAGUUUUUGAUUUAAAAAUAAAAAAAUUUCCAGUCUUUGA